GGACUGACUUUUAAGCAAGCUAAGAAUUGAAAGAGAAGUCCAAUUUAUAGGCCCCUCAGAAAUUGGUGGUAAGUAUUAUCCUCAACUCUGCUGGAUUUUCUAAUAUCAAGUCAUCAACACCACAUGCUUAUUAUUGCGACGACCCCAGCACUGUUAUUACCAUCACAAGUCAGAAAUGUUCUAUUUGACUUUCACCUUCGCUGAAGAAUGAAGAGCCAAUCAUACCCUUCGCAGCUCCAAUCCAAUCAGACAACAGGGAUACCAGCAAGAUCUUGUCAAAUAAAGAUCGUUUCAACCUGCAAGCCGGUUGAUCAGCUGAUCAUUCAGUACCAGCUGCCAAAAGCCAACCCUAUUGUAGUGAAAUAAAUUCGGGACAAUAUAGAUGGUUAAGCUUGGGUGCACUGUUGAUGGGAACCUGAAUGAAGCAAAGUUCAGUGAGCCACUUCCAUGGAUUGGCGUCUACAUAGCAGUAGCAUCUCUCGCUUGUGCCAUUGCGAUGGCUGCAGAUGUCAUCCAUGGCUGCCGCUAUCUAAAAUUCUGGUUCCCUAGUAAGUUCGCCUGCAUCAAUGCCACUUCACUGACCAUCAUAGCUGUGGCGAUCAAACUGUCUGUUGAUCUAAACACCCCUAUGCCUCGGCGUGUCGAUCAGCUUACAAAACUUAGCAGUGGAGUUCUGAUUUGCACAUUGAUGGGUAAUUCUAUGCCUUCUCUUGGAGCUAUGGAAAACAGAGAAAUCUGCAUGAAUAUCAUGGCUCUUGGAAUACUUGUUAUCACUGUUAUAGUUAAUAUUUGCAUCCAAUUAGGCACUGGUGUGAUUUAUCUGUACUGGAAAGAGCAUGCAUUAACCAUGUUCUUCAUGCUAGUUUUGCUUGUAAUCUUGAGCUUUUCAGCUUUAACGGUGCCGACAACUAAGAAAUAUUUAGAGUUCAAGUACAAGAAAAAGUUUGACAUGGCUGUGGAAGAAUCCUCAAUUGAAACUUCCAGUCCAGUGGAAAACAAACUUAGACAAGAUCUAAUGAAAUACUGGAUGAUGGCUCACACCUGCAGCCCCCAGUUUGUGAUGGGGCGUUCAGUUACAUGCACUGCUGCAGGUGCACUCUGCUUCCUCAGUGCCAUGACUUUAGCUGAGGCCAUGUUAAGAUCUUACUUGAUGCCUUGGUCAUUCAAGUUUUGCACUGGAGAAUCUGACUAUAAAUGGUCUGCCCUCUUAGUUCUCAUAACACAGACAAUGGCUAUAGGAGUCGGUACUAUUGCCCCUGCAAUUAGAUGGUUCUCUGCUAUAAAUUUCAGGUGCCCAACAAUAGGGAAGAAACACAGUGAGAGGGAAUUUAAAGUAGAGAGGUACUGGAUCCAGUUCCUAGUAGAGAUGAAAGAGUGCCCAUUUACCAUUCGAAUCCACAACCGGCACUGCAGGAAACUUUGCCAUGAUACAAAAGAAAAAGUCCUAGACUUGUGCAUUGGAAUGCAAAUAGGAGUUGUAUUGGCAAGCAAAGUUAUUCGAUUCAUUUCUGUAUACCUCGUGAGCCGAAUUAUUUUAUUCUUCAGAUGUUGCAAAAAGUUAAUGCUCAAAUCCAAAACAAUUGACUCAGGUUCAGAUUCACAGCCCAGCACAAAACCAGAUCUUAGUCGUUUUGUUCUGCAUCUUGAGGGUGAGACUGAACUAGUUGAGCUGAUGAUGAAGGAUAAUUGCGACGCUACAGAUUACUGGAUAAAGAAGGGCAAAAAGAAACAACCCAAACAUUUCAUACAAUUGUUGGAAAAAUCAUCCAGAGGACUUCAGGGAGUGAGAGAAUUUGACAGUGACCUAGUUAGCUCUUUAGAUUGUGAAGAGCCUCCAAAUUGUUGGUCUCUUCCAGUAGUGACUCUAACAGCCAUUGCAAUUGCAAUUCCAAACAUCAGCAAUUGCUUACGUAAGCAGUUCAUACGUAGUGUGCAUGAAGGCCUCAUCUAUGUCAAACACAUAGAGGAAAACCUGGAUGCAGAAAGAGACAUGACUAACAUCAGGAAGACAGCAUUAAUUGUAUGGCAAGGAGUUGAUCUAUAUCACAAGUGGCAAGAUGUGGAUCUCAAUAAACUGUCCUGCCAAGCAGCAAGCGCGAAGGAAAUACUUGAAGGACUUGCUGAUGCUGCAAAGAAUAUGUAUCUGGAAUUUAAGACGAGAUACAUGAAUGAAUGCCAAAAGGAAACCCCUUCAAAGUGGCCUAUAGAGGUAUUGGCUGCUAAUUCCAUGUAUAGAAUAAGCCAUACUGUUCUGCAGUAUUAUGAAAGAAGUAACAGCAAGAACAAUGAUAGGUUAUAUGAAGCAGUAACUAUCAUGAUCUCAGAUAUAAUGGGUGCUUGUCUCACCAACUUAGAACGUAUCAUAUCCCUCAAGUGUUUGACCAGCUCAGUUGAAGUACGGGAAGAAAGUGUCCGGCAUGCAGUUUUCCUUCUAGGUGAAACAGAAACGAUUCUGAAACUUCUGAACCAAAGAGCAAUCCCCAUUUUAGGUCCUGAUGAAAUGGCUUCCAUUGACAAGUGGCGUGCAUUCCACAAGCUGAAAAGUGAUUUACCCUUUGCUCCAUCUCCAACAGAAAGUGAUCCAAUUGCUUCUAUUUCACCUGAUUUGCACCUAACCAUUGAUUAAGAAGUACAAACUUGGAGUUUAUAGUAAGAUCAGCUCAUGAUUGUGCUAAAACUUGUUUUCUUUUGUAUAUGAUGUUUAAUGUAAAUACUUGUGAUCAACGUCGAUAUAAAAUACAGUUAUGUAUAUCAGAAGUAGGAACUACAUUUUGAGA